UUUAUUUUUUCGAGAAUUUUAUUUCGCAAAAAUGACUGCAAAUAAAGAAUGUUCCGCGAAAUAUGACCCAGAAACUUUACCAGAUUUCCUACCUAUUUACUACAAACGCUUGUUUCCCUACUGGCCGUAUUACAGAUGGCUGAAUUAUGGUGGAGUUCCGAAAACCUACUUCACACAACGCGAAUUUUCGUUCACCUUGAAAGAUGACAUUUAUAUCCGCUACCAAAGUUUCUCCGACCAACAGGAGCUGGAGAAAGAAAUGCAGAAGCGAUGUCCUUACAAAAUAGAUAUUGGUGCUGUAUAUACUCAUAGGCCUAAAGACCACAAAACAGUCAAAGCAGCUGCAUUUCAAGCCAAAGAGAAGGAACUAGUGUUUGACAUUGACAUGACUGAUUAUGAUGAUGUCAGAUCAUGUUGCCAGGGUGCUGAUAUCUGCCAUCUGUGUUGGCCUCUGAUGACCAUUGCAAUAAAAAUAAUUGACAGAUCUUUAAGAGAUGAUUUUGGUUUCGAACAUCUCCUGUGGGUAUAUUCGGGUCGUCGAGGUGUCCAUUGUUGGGUGUGUGAUGAGGCUGCCCGGAAACUGUCACAGAAUGCUAGAUCCGCCAUUGCAGAAUAUUUGAGCGUUGUGAAGGGUGGCGAAAACCAGACCAAGAAAGUGGUUCUUCACGACAGUGUUCAUCCAUCAAUAAAGCUUGCAUUGGACAUCGUGGAGAGCCAUUUCCAAGAUUACGCCGUGAAAAAACAGAAGUUCCUCGAUACGGAUGAAAAAUGUUUAAAAGUCUUGGCGCUGAUUCCUGAUGAGACUACGAGAACGAUGUUAGAGGAGGUCCUCCUGAAUGACGACAAUGCCAAAGGUGUUGCAACACGUUGGAAGGCCAUCAAGGAGGCGAUUGGAGACCUCAGGGGAAAAUCGGAGAAAAGGAACUGUCACAGUUGCGUCGAGGAGAUCAUGCUGCAGUACGCGUACCCCCGCCUUGAUGUCAACGUCUCCAAGGGCGUCAACCAUCUUCUCAAGAGUCCCUUCUGCAUCCAUCCCAAGACUGGCCGUGUCUGUGUUCCCAUCGAUGUGAAAAAUAUCGACAAGUUUGAUCCGUUGGCAGUUCCUACCAUAAGCCAACUUGUUGACGAACUCAAUAAGACGGAGAACAAAACAGAAGGAGAACAAGACCAAGGCAAAAAAGGAAAAGAUUACCGACGAACAUCCAUGCACCAGCCGGUACAGGUAUUCGAGGCAUUUGUUCAGAAUCUUGAAGCCAGUUGGAAAGGGAAGCUUAUACAUGAGAGUGACAUGAAAAAGGACUUUUGAAGUACUUCUGUAUUACAAGCCUGAGAAUCAAUAUCUAGGAUGACUUUUGUGGCACACAGUUGCAAGGAAAGAGGACUGCUUUGCUUUGAAUCUCAUUUGCAACUACGAUUAAUAGAAUACAAGAGAAUCGUGAGGCAGUUGGUGUUUUGUAUCAGUCAAUCAUUAUUUUA